AGCCUUCCUCUUUACGUCAUCAGCUAAGAUGCCGUCCAGAUUGAGGAAGACCAGGAAGCUGAGGGGACAUGUUAGCCACGGUCAUGGCCGAAUUGGCAAACAUAGGAAGCAUCCAGGUGGUCGUGGCAAUGCUGGUGGCAUGCACCAUCACAGAAUCAACUUUGAUAAAUAUCAUCCAGGUUACUUUGGAAAAGUCGGCAUGAGGCAAUAUCAUCUCAAGAAGAAUCGGUUGUUCUGUCCGACUAUAAAUCUGGAUAAGCUGUGGACACUGGUCAGUGAACAGACCCGAUUAAACUAUGCCAAAAAACCUGAAGGACCAGCACCUGUCAUUGAUGUUGUACAUGCUGGUUACUAUAAAGUUCUGGGUAAAGGCAGGCUCCCUAAACAGCCAGUUAUUGUCAAGGCAAAGUUCUUCAGCAGGAAAGCUGAAGAGAAAAUCAAAGAAGUUGGUGGCGCCUGUGUAUUAAUGGCAUAAGUUUUCUAAUGUACUAAUAAAAUGCUGUCACUUUUUAA